AUGAACGGAUUCUUCGCGAUUACCCUGCUGGCGGUGGUCGGUGUGGCCAUUGCGGCCCCUUACGGUGGACACCAUGGCCACGUGGUGCCCGGUCCGGCCGUCGAGUACAGCUUCAAGGCGGUGGCCCCCGCUCCCAAGUGCACCCACAACCUGCUGGUCGGCUGUAACCCGCAUCACGCUCCGGUACCGUGCAAGGGAGUGGAACACGGCUACGGUCACCACGCGCCAGCCCCGGCCUACCACGCACCGGCCCCGGCCUACCACGCCCCGGCGGCUCACCAUGGGGGCGAGUACCGCGCCAAGAAGCACCACGGUAAGAAGCACCACGGCAAGAAGCACUUCAAGAGCGCCGACAACGUUGGCGCCUCGGCCGACAGCGAGAUGAUGUUUGACGCGUAA